AUGGAGAAGAAGCUAGGGGAUUUAGAAGGUCUGGCAGAGGGCUUUGGAAAGGCAAUGGAGAAAGACUCAGCUUCAAUACCAACACCAAAAGACCCCGAAUCAGCAGAAGUGCCAAAGUCAAAGGAUCAUGUACUUGCAGAGGAUGUCCCAGACCCAGACGAAGAUGACCUGGACGAUUUAGAUGAUAUGCUUGAUGAAUUCGUGCCCACCCCUUCCGCUGCAAAGCCAACUCUCCCCACCGGCCCAGGUAGACCCAGUGCUCCUAUUCCGGAUUUUCCAAUAGAAGAAGGCCUUUCCGAUGAAGAUUUUGCCAAACAACUACAAUCUGGGAUGGCAGAGCUGCUGGGAGAAUUAGAGACAUCACCCGACAUGCAAGCACAACUUGAGAACAUGCUGAAGGAGCUUGGUGGGGCAGCAGCUCUUGGAGAAGCCGCAGGCUUAGGUGCACCAGGUUCAGCUGCAUCAACAUCCAAAGAACCUGUGGCAAAAGUAGGACCUGCAGCAGCUGCCUCUGCAACAGAAGAGUCCUUUCAAGAAACGAUCAAGAAAACAAUGGAACGGAUGCGGGAAAGUGGGGAUCAAGCUACAGCGGCUGCCACAUCAGACAACACUGAUGACUUAAUGGCAGAGAUGAUGAAAGCCAUGCAAGCAGGCGGUCUAGAUGGUGAAGGUGGAGAAGAGGAUUUCUCUAAAAUGUUAUUGGGGAUGAUGGAGCAGUUGACAAACAAGGAGAUCUUGUAUGAGCCCAUGAAGGAACUAGAUGAUAAGUUCCCAGAUUGGAUGAAGAAGAACGCUGGGAAGGUUAAUGAGGCGGAUAUGAAGAGGUAUAAGGAGCAACAGAUAUAUGUGAGGGAGAUUGUAAAGAGGUUUGAGUUGAAGACUUACACGGAUGAGAAUGCUGCGGAUAGGGAGUACAUUGUGGACAGGAUGCAGAAGAUGCAAGCAGCUGGCUCUCCUCCAGCUGAUCUCGUGGGAGAUAUGCAAGCAGCGCAAGAAGCUUUCGGGGCGCCAGAAGAAGGUUGCCCUACACAAUGA